AUGAAUUCUCAAAUAGACUUAACAACUAGCAAGAAUAUUGAAAACUGGCUUCAGAACAGAAGUGCUACAGUCAAAACUGUAAAAGACGUACUGGUAUCAAAUUCAACGUUAUCUGUUGUAGAAUACGUCAUCAAUGGAUGGUUUGACCUCGUCCUGUGUCUUAUUGGAACAGUCACCAACAUCAUCGAAAUAUACGUGUUCAGUAAACUCGGUUUCAAGGAAACUGUCAACAUUUCCAUGACGUUCAUUGCAUUCUGGGAUCUCAUCCGUAUCACUUCUGGAGGUGGCCACAGACUCUAUGCACCCGUGUCGUUGAUUUCACCAAGUUUUGGAAAAACCUGGCAAACGUUUACUCUGAUGAAUUUACAUUAUUUGCACAUCAUAUCCAGUAACGUGUCUUACGUACUGGGCGCCUACGUGGCUGUUGAAAGAUGUCUUUGUGUGAGCGUCCCAUUCAAAGUGAAGAGUAUUUUAACACCCAAACUUACGACCACAGUAUGUGCAAUUCUAUCAUUUGUCGUGUUUAGUACAUUUGUACCCAUAUUUUUAGUAUUCGAACCUAUAUGGAUUUAUAGCGAACAAAGCAAUAGUUCAAUAAUGAUCUACAAGUACACCGAAUUUUAUAAAACUUACGGUGAAAAAUACCAAGACGCAAAUCAAACUUUAGGGGCCGUUUAUCCCAGUUUCAGUUUGAUCACAAUGAUAUUCAGUACAAUAAUCAUCUCCUUCUAUCUAAACAAAACAUCAAAAACUAGAUAUGGCCUUACGCGAACAAACCCAAAGACGACUAAACAGCAAACCAUGAGCAGGAAAGAGAAACAGGUUGUAAAAAUGUUACUGGUGAUUAUCAACAUCUACAUCGUCAACAUCAUGCCUCGAGUCUUGGGCUGUCUGGCGAUGUUGAUUGAACCCGAGUUCUACAUUUUCAGGUUCUAUAACAACUUGUUCUGGGUUAUCAUGUACACAGUUUUUGCCCUUGAUUUUUUAAACUCUUCUGUUCAUCUUUUUGUAUUUUAUUUUAUGAGCUCCAAGUUCAGAAACAUGUUUCACCGUAUAUUUAUAACUAACAAUGAAUGCAAAAAGGAGCAUAUGUCUGAUUAUUCCAGUCAUCAUGAUUUGAAUUCAAUACAACAUAAAUUGUUAAGUACUAGAAUUUAA